CGAACAGAAAAAAAGAAGGGGAAAAAACUCAAAAGAAACAGAGCAGCCCAUUCCCUCCCUCCGCUUCAAUUUCAGUUUCGGUAGAGCGGAGAGAAGAAGGGAAUUUUUGCUUACAAUUGAAGAAGAUGCCUGUCAAGAGAGAACCCUGUAGAAACUUUCAGCGGGGAAGCUGUCAGUACGGGGAAAGAUGCAAAUUUCUUCACGUAGUCCAGCAACAGGCAAAACCCAGUAACCCCUUUGGAUUUGGCUCUGGCCAGCAACAACAGCAGCAGCAGAAGCCGAACCCUUUUGGGUUUGGAGCGCAGAGCUCCAAUCAGUCAAGAGGGCCUGGUGGGUUUGGUACCACACAGCAGCAAUUCAAGCCUUUUGAGAAUAAAUGGAGUCGUUCAGAGAAUGGAGCUGGCCCUGGUGCAUCUACGACGAAGCAGCAGGCUGAUAACAAGAGACAGGCAGCUAAUCAUACGUGCACUGACCCUGAAUCCUGCAAACGUAUGAUUGCUGAAGACUUUGAGCAGGAGAGGCCAAUUUGGAAGCUCACUUGCUACAGUCAUUCCAGGAAUGGUCACUGUGACAUUGUUGGUGACAUUAGCUAUGAAGAACUCCGAGCAGUUGCCUACGACGAUGCCAAGAGAGGGGUGAAUUUGCAGUCAAUUGUUGAAAGGGAGAGAAAUCUAUCAAACUCUAAAUUGGCUGAGUUUCAGAACCUUAUCCGCAAUCCUUAUGUACCACCUCCAGGAUCUGCUUUUGCCUCUCAGAGUCCAUUUCCUGGACAAGCUAGCAACGGGUUUUCGCCUACUGGUCCGAGCAGUGCUCCUCCACAAGUGUCUAGCUUCAGCCAGCUGGGUCCAUCUCUUAAUAUGGGGUUUGCCGCAAGGCCCACAGGACAAGUACCAAACAAUAUCUCCAACCAACCAAAUCUUUUCUCAAGUUCUGUUCAGGCAUCAAACCCCUUUGGAGUGAGGCCCCCUUCACAAGUGAAUAAUCCUUUUGGCCAGCCAAAUAGUUCCCCCUUUACACAGAAUUCAGGAGCAGUCGUGGCGAAUAACAUUCCUACUGCAAAUAGUCCAUUUGGAGUCCAAAAUUCCAAUCAGCAGCAGCAGCAAGGAAGUUCAUUUCCCUCAAACACGACAGGGUUUCCCGCCAGUGCCAGUGGCAAUCCAUUUUCUUCCUUUGCAGCAUCACCACAAAAUUUUCAGUCAUUUACUCAGCAGAAUCCUAAUAGUUUGAAUUCCGUAGCACCAUCUGCAAAUAUUCAGUCAGUAAAUAGUAGUGGUCCAAAUAAUACCGCUUCCUCUGGGGAUAUGAGCAUCUGGUCAAAAACAUGGAAUCCUGGAGAGAUACCAGAAGAAGCACCUCCGCCCGAGUAUGCUUACUGAACAACACACACGGGUAUUAAACUUAAGCUGUAUUGGCAUAAACUGCUCAAUCGCCUUUCACUUUCGAGACCGGAUAGAAUGCACACUUCGAGAUGGAAAGACAACGGUGAUGCCCAUUCUGCAUAAUUUGUUUAUCAAUGGAACAUGAGUCGGUUUGAAUUGAUAGAAGUCUGUUCAUGUUGGGCUUUUGGUGAAUCUAACAGGGGAACAGACAAUUCUGCUGUGUUUUUUGUAAUGUAUGAGAAGUGAGAACUCAGAAGAGCUUCUUAGCUUCUAGCUGUUAUAUACUAUAGUGUAGAGGGAAGAGACAAAGGAUUGUAGCAGAAGAUGUUCUGAAAUUUAAUUUUAGUUCAUCCAUGAUCCAAGGUACCAAAAUGGGAUGAAGCUGGAAAUUGAUGGUGUGUCCCCCAAAAAUUAUGGGAGGGAAGUGAUAUAUAAUAAUGAUAUGAUGGAAAGAAGAAAGGAGAAGGAAAGGGGAAGAAGAGGUUGCCACCCUGUGCUAACCUGGAGCAGGUGAUCUGUAGGGAAGGAUGAGAGGAAGGAAAGAAUA